UCACACAGACACAAUUAUUUUAAGAACUGAAUAUAUGUCACGUCUAGGGGAAACAGGUGUAGCAUUUAAACCUCAACAUGUAUCCUCAAUUCAACAUACAGUGGUCUUAAUCUACCGCUUCACAGAACGCUACCCUGCCUGAGUCGUCAGUCUUCUUUUUUUUUUUUUUUUGCCUCACAAUGCAUCUCUAUGCCUGUCGACGUGGCACAAAGCCUUGUUGAAAGGGAUAUGUGGUCGUGAUAUGGAUCAUAAACUCCAUUUUGGUCAAUAAUUGUUGCAGAACGACUUCAAGAAAAGCCACAGUGAGAGUGUUUGCGAGAGAGGAAGUGUGAAUGGAGAUAUUUCAACAUUGCUGUUACGGUGAAGAGGGAGGGUGUGAAGGGGAGGUUAAAAUGAAUUGUGCUCGGUCUCCAACUUAGUGAUGUCGCUUGCUACCUCCAGACUUUGAAACUGAUUGACUGUCAGGUUCUGCAGCUGCAUUGGAAAUACCAGCAAAAACUACAGUAUCUUUUUGAUGCUUGUCGUCUCUGAGUCCAGACGUGCAUCCCUGACAGACUCUAAAGAUGCUUUGGUGAUACAUCUCAAGAUUCUUGUAUCUGUCUCUGUUCUUCAUCUGACUACUCGUGAGCCUUCUCCACUUGAACUAACCACAAUUGCAGAGUGAACGCUGUAGGAAUGGCCGAGGGUGGAUAUCCCUCUGUGUAUGUGGUGGACAGCUUUGCCAACAGGCCUCCUGUGCCGCCCAGGCUGAGUCAGAGGCGACGGCGGGCUGGAGUGGCUCAGACCCUGCUGUUCCUGCUGGUGAGCCUGGCGUUGUGUGGCAUGGCCAUAGAAGCUUGCUUCAUCUACCAUCUCUACCGAGCUGAAUCUGACACCUCAGCAUCUGUCUCUAAGCUCAUUGCAGGUCAAGAUGAGCCUUCUCCCAGUGAAAGGCCCAGAGGUUGUGUUCUUCCUUCCAAACCAGUUGCACAUCUGACAGAUGGACAAGACGUAGUUCAUGGACACCAAAUCAUGGCUUGGAGCACUGCUGCAGAUCCUAUCCUCUGUGAGAUGGGCUACGAAGGUGGAGGUCUUUUCAUUCAGAGGGAGGGUUAUUACUACGUCUAUUCCAAGGUGUCCUUCUCAGACACUGGUAUAUUUCACCACUCUGUUGAACGGAGAACUGAGCUGUACGUUGGACAAAGUAUUCCCCUUCUGAAAUCCAGCAAAAUCACAAUGAAGCCACAGAGAAUGAAACGCUCAAACAGUUACCUGGGUGGAGUGUUUCACCUCCAAACAGGUGAUGCCAUUUUUGUGAACGUGAGCGAUACCUCAAAAAUUCACCGGCACAAAUCUUUUGAGAACGUCUUUGGUGCUUUUAUGAUAUAAAUAUCAAAUUGAUAUUUCAUUGUAAAUUGGAAAGCUUGAAAUAAGAGUAAAAUGUAGAAGAAGAAAUGGGAGGAUUUACUGAUCCUCUUUGUAAAGAAAAUGCUGUUCAGUGAGUGAUGAAGGUCGUGUCAGUGCUGGGGGUUUCCUCACUGUCAUCACAUCAGGGACUUUUUAUAUGCUUCCAUGUAUACAUACCUUAAACUUAGUCUUCUGAAUGUUAAACAUUUUUCAUUUAUAGUUGCUACGUAUAGACGUAUUGUUAAUGUUCAUGCUAAAACUAACUGUAACUUUACACAUUUCUUUUCAUUCCUGCUGUGACACACACUGCAGACUAUUUAUUUGUUCGUUCAGUGAUAGAAUAAAGAACUGCUUAAAUUCUACUGUAUUUAUCUACAAUAAUGUAUAUUAACGUUGAAAUAAACAGAUGAUGAUUUAAAA